UCCAAACAGGUGCAGAAGGUCAUGGCCAACGGCACCUUCUACUUCUCGAUCCUCAGAAACCCCGUCUCCCAGCUGGAGUCCGCCUUCGCCUACUACCAGAGCUACGUGCCCGCCUUCCGCGCCGCGGGCAGCCUGGAGGCCUUCCUGGCCGCGCCGCGCGCCUACUACAACGCGAGCCAGGGCCUGCGCAACGCGCACGCGCGCAACAACAUGUGGUUCGACCUGGGCUUCGACCCCGACGCGGCGCCCGAGGAGGGCUACGUGCGCGCGCGCCUGGCCGAGGCCGAGCGGCGCUUCCCGCUGGUGCUGAUCGCCGAGUACUUCGACGAGUCCCUGGUGCUGCUGCGGCGCCUGCUGCGCUGGCGGCUGGACGACGUGGUGGCCUUCAAGGUCAACGCGCGCGGCCCGGGCCGCACCAGGCGCCUGGCCGGCGCCCUCGGCCUCGGCCAGGGCGGGCCCCUCGCGUGGACACGGCUUUGGCUCUGGUUGUAGCGAAACUCAGCGAAGAUCUCGGCCCGGGGCCCCCCUCCCCGCCUGUCUGACCGCUGCCCCUGCGCCUCCCGGGACGGGCUGGACGCGCAGAGACGCCUGGGG